AUGGGAAGAAAGGAAAGCGUUCCCCUUGCUCGCCGCUCCCAGGCCACCGACGACUACGCCAGCGCCGAAAGUGGCGUCGUCCACAUCCCAAACCCCUACGACUGGCUUGAAGACACCAGCAGCCCAGAGACGGCGGCUUUCAUCGAAGCCCAGAACGCCGCUUUUGCAGAGUACCUUGACGAUUACCACGAGGGGGGCAGCCAGGGCAGGGCCAAACAACAGUUGGCCACGAGACUGUCGGCCAUGACCGGGCUGACAGCUAUGGCAAGUGUGCCACAGGUCAUAGGGGAGAGCUAUGUCUUUAGAGUGCAGGGUCGAGGGAAGGAGUUUGCUGUGUCUUACCAAGUCCCCAAGUCCAACAUCAGUGGCGAUAACGAGCCGGCUAUAUUCCACGACGAAAGCGAGCAAAAGGCCGUGCUGACGGCCUCAUCGCCGAGUCGCAGCGGCAAGUACUGGGCGUUCACGACCAGCGAUUCAGGGUCCGAUUGGGGCAUCAUCCGCGUCAAGGACGUUGAGAGCGGCCAGAUUCUGAGCGACGAAAUUCGCGGCACCAGGCUCACGAGUAAACCCUCGACGGUGAUACCGUGGCUCGGGGAUCGGGGAUUCUUCUAUCCAUAUUUCCCCAACGGAGGUGGACAGGACGGGAAGAUCGCAGGGAAAGGAGGAUUUGGUUCAGCUCAACUUCGCUUCCAUGAGAUUGGUCGUCCACAGGAAGAAGAUGAGGUCAUCUACAAAGAUUCUGAGCAUCCAGGCUACAAUUUCAAGGCUGUGGUCUCUCAGAACGACAGGUCUGUCUUUCUAGAGAUCUAUGACAGGGGCAGGGGUUGUCAGGUGCUGUCAGCUGUGGUAGAAGGGGAAUCAUCUGACAACGACGCUGCAGAGAAUGGUCAUCAGGGGAGAGGGGGGCUCGGAUUGAAAUUCGACGGUGUGGUAUCAGGGCAGUCCGAUGCAGAGUGGGAAUACGUUGGAACUUUCCCCGAGAAAUCCUCUUCGGAGACUCGGAAUGCUGGCAACAACGGACAUGUUUUCUGGACCAAUGCAGACAACGGCAAAGUGAUGGUGUACCACCCGCAAACUGGAGCGGUGGAGGAAGUCAUCGCUCCCCACAGCCAACAGACUCUCCGACUGGCGCGAAUGCUCUCUAGCGGCAACAUCCUGGUCGUGCGCUCAAUCGACGUCCGAGACCAGGUCCAGAUCUUCUCGUCCGCCGGCCAACAUCUGAAAACACUGGACGACGUCCAUGUGCCCUUGUGGACCAUCCUGGACGCGUCGUACGACCCGUCGAGCGAGACGAUAUUCCUGGUCGAGUCGUCCUUUUGCUAUCCACCUCGCGUCUGGCAUGCUCGAGGGGGAGCACGGGGGGAUGGACCGGAGAUAUCUCCCUUCCGGCCCGUCGAGCUAUUCACGCAGAGCAACAAGAACUCCCUCACCAGCGGGGCGGAAGCAGCUUCGCAGCUGUCAACCAAGCAGAUCUUCUACACCUCCCUCGACGGCACCAGAAUACCCAUGUUCCUGACCUCGGCCAACCCGGAGUCCAUCCAACCGGAACAGCCCGUCCUGUUAUACCUGUACGGCGGGUUCGGGAUUUCCGUCAUCCCUCACUUCCGCGCCGACUUUGUUGCCUUCCUACAAUCCUUCAAGGGUGUGCUCGCCAUCGCCAACGUCCGCGGCGGCGGCGAGUAUGGGGCCACAUGGUAUCAAGCUGCGUGCGGCCACAAACGGCAGAACCUGUUCGACGACAUCAAGUCGGCGGCUCAGCACCUGCGCUCCCAAUUCGGGAGUCGCACCAUCAUCCUCAUGGGCGAAAGUAUGGGCGGCUUGAACUGCGCGACGGCCAUGGUCCAGUCCCCAGAUCUGUUCGACGCCGUGAUCCUCAACGCCGGUGUCUUGGACGUGCUACGCCGCCAAAAACUGGCAAAAAGUGACCGCGGCGUCCAGGACAUUGGCGACGCACACAGCCCCAUCGACUUUGACUUUAUCUACAAGUGGUCGCCGCUCGACAAGGUGACUCCCGGCGUCAAAUAUCCGCCAGUCCUCAUCACGGCCGGGGACAAGGAUGACUUUGUGAGCUACUCGCACAGCUGCAAGAUGGCCGCGGCGUUGCAGUAUGCUGGUCAUGGAGGAGGCCCGCAGGACGAAGGGACAAAGAACGCGACGUUCUUGAGAAUCGUCAAAGACAUGGGCCAUGCCGCUCAUAUCUCUGCAAAGCAAAAAGCGGCCGUCGGUCUGGAGAGGUGGCUCUGGGUGAAGAAGACGCUGGGACUCGAAAUACAUUAA